AGGCCGCGGCCCCGGGGCCGAGGGGCGUAGGCCGCUGCAGCACGCUUCUCUGCCAUUUUCCCUGCCGGGAAAAGUUUAAUAGCAGGCUAGUGAGGGGAGCAGGGGGGGCUGUGGGCUCAGAACCGCUGUGGCCGUAUUUCUCCCCCCUUGCUGCAGCAGGAGCCCAGCGCCCCUGUAGUUGCUGGGUCAGUUUAGAGGCCUGAGCUCACAAAGGAGCGCACCUGGUGUGCGAGUGGAAAAACUGGUGGGAAAUAACUGUUCUGUGUGAAGCAGGAACAGGUCUAUUCUGUUACUAUGUUUUUUUUUUCUUUUCUCCUGCAGAGAAGGACGUGAGGCUGUUGGUAGAUGAAAAAGUGGACGUGAGCCGGCAACGUGUGCUUGCAGCUCAGAAAGCCAGCCGUACUGAAACGAAGAAAUUCACUCAACAGUCAGAAUCCAAUAUCAGUGUUAAGCAGGAACAUGCCCAAGAAAGGAGGGAAGCAUGCUGAAAUGGGAAAAGAAAUGCAGGCACAGUGUAAACGGGCAAAGGUGGAAGCAGCUUCUUCUCCAUCGGUUAUGAGUUUUGAGAACCCAGACAGCCUCUUCGGAAGCUUGAUCUCUCCCAUAAAGCAAGAGACAUUUUUCAGGGAGUAUUGGGAGCAAAAGCCACUGCUUGUUCAGAGGAGUGAUCCACUGCUGGCUGCUUACUACCAGUCCCUGUUCCACUUGUCAGAUUUAAAGGAUCUGUGCAGCCAGGGUCUAUACUAUGGGCGAGAUAUAAAUAUCUGCAGAUGUGUGAAUGGAAAAAAGAAAGUUUUAAAUAAAGAAGGCAAAGUAAAUUACAUGCAGCUGAAGAAGGAUUUUGACCAGAAAAAGGCGACAAUACAGUUUCAUCAGCCUCAGAGAUUUAAGGAGGAGCUGUGGAAGAUUCAGGAGAAGCUGGAGUGUUACUUCGGGUCUCUGGUUGGAUCGAAUGUUUACAUUACUCCCCAGGGGUCACAGGGCCUUCCCCCCCACUACGAUGAUGUUGAGGUGUUUAUCCUUCAACUAGAAGGCGAGAAACAUUGGCGUCUCUAUAAACCAACGGUGCAUUUAGCUCGGGAAUAUAAUGUUGAACCAGAAGAUCGGAUUGGGAAUCCCACACAUGAAUUCAUAUUAAAGCCAGGUGACUUACUGUACUUCCCAAGAGGGACUAUUCACCAAGCUGACACUCCUCUUGGGAUCUCCUUUUCUACACACGUGACCAUCAGUACCUACCAAAACAACUCUUGGGGAGAUUUCUUACUGGAUGCAAUUCCUGGCCUUGUGUUUGAUACAGCAAAAGAAGAUGUGGCACUGCGGACAAGUAUACCAAGGCAACUGCUUAUGCAGGUAGAUAUAGCUGACUCGACCAAAAAACUAAGUCACCUUUUGAGAAGGCUCGCAGACCGCCUGGAAAACACGAGCAAACUGAGAUCAUCUGACAUGAAGAAAGAUUUCAUUAUGAACCGGUUGCCACCUUGCUUGGGAUGUGACGCUGAUCCUUUGACUCCAGGUGGGAAAUUGCCAAAAAUAGAUAGCAAAAUCAGACUGCAGUUUAGAGAUCAUGCUAUCAUUACAGUGGAACCAGAUCAAGAGAAUUCUGUAAGUAUAAUGAAGCCACCCUCUUACACUUGGGGCAGGGGGUGAGAGAUAUGGGAGUUGUUGCUGUGUUGUACUGGUCUGAAAGUUGUACUUGGUUGAAUCCCGCAUCCAUUAGGGUUUGUUAGGAGACCAUGGGGUUGUUGGUGAGAGUAAUGUGGCACAUCCUUGCCUUCUGGAGAAGAGCUACAGAACUAAAUUAGUCUGUGAGCCUGCAUGGUAGGUGCAUGGCUUUCAUCUGUGGUUAGGUAGGAUAGAUCAUUACAGGUGCUAAAUGGCCUCUGUAGCUCUUGGUAAUGGAUUUUACUUUUUACUCUUUGUAUUUAAGAGCAUGAAUAAGUUAUAAAAACAGGUUCCCUCGAGAGGGAAUUCUCUGCGUUGCAGCUGCUGCUGACUGGUUGUAUUUAGUGUUCACUUCUGAGUUAUCUUUGUACCUCUCAGCAGGUGCCAGCGGCACUAAAUGGUUGCAUAAAGUAGAUGCUGGCAUCUUGGAUUAUGCUGUGCUUAGACUACUUACCUAUGAAGGUUUAUUAGCAUGAAAUUGCAGAAGUGCUUUGUGUUGUCUUAAUUUAAA